AUGGUGACCAGAUUUAGUAGAAAAUUGUUUUGUUACUUGGAAAAACAAAAUCGAAUUUUCAUUUUGCGAGACAUUACUGUGUAGAUUCUACAUUUUUCUGCAGCUAAUUUGUUUGAUAUCCAGAUCUCAGAAGGGUUUUGGUGUCAGAAUAGAUCGAAUUUAGGUUGCACACAUUUGUUUGACCACAACUUGAUACGAGAUCAGCAAGUAACCUCCAACCCACGCAUGGAUAAACAUAAGAAGUACCCUCAUAAAAUAUGUACCUUAAAACAAAUGACAAAGUCCUAAGCUGGAUUAGGAAUGGCUACUAGAGGAGUACGGGCGCUAGGUGAAUAAUGGCCGACUUUUUGGACUCUGAGGCAGAAGAGAGUGAGGAGGAGGAGGAGGAGGAGGAUGAGGAAGAGGGGGGCUACAAGACCAAGAAGAAGAAGAAGAAGGGCAAGAAGGUCCGGGCAGUGGACAGCGAUGACGAGGAAGAGGAAGAUGACGAGGAGCGGCUGCGGGAGGAGCUCAAGGACCUGAUAGACGACGCCCCCAUCGACGAGAGCGACGGGGAGGACUCGGACGCCUCGCGCGGCUCCCGCAAGCGCAAGAAGAGCGACGACGAGGAGUUCGACGACCGCCUGGAGGACGAGGACUACGACCUGCUGGAGGAGAACCUGGGCGUGAAGGUCGAGAGGAACCGCUUCAAGAGGCUGCGGAGGAUCCAGGACGAGGAGUCUGAGGACGAGCAGGAGGACCACGUCGAAGGAGAGCGCGACGCGAUCGCCAACGAACUGUUCGACGAGGGCUCGGAGCACGAAAGAGAAGAGCUGGACGAGGACCACGUCUCGGACAGAGGCCGCGCGGAGGUGGAGCACUACGACGACGAAGAGGAGGAGGGGGAGCUGUCCGACGCAGACGACUUCAUCGUGGAUGACGACGGACGCCCCAUUACGGACAAGAAGAAGAAGCGGAAACCAAUCUUCACGGAUGCGGCUCUUCAAGAAGCUCAGGACAUAUUCGGUGUGGACUUCGACUACGAAGAGUUUGAGAAGUACGACGAUGAGUUUGAUGAAGAAGAGGAAGAAGAUGACGAAUAUGAUGUGGAAGAGGGCGAUGAAGACGUGGAGAAGAGACGGAAGCCGAAGAAAGCAGCGAAGAAGAAACCAACCAGGAAGUCGAUAUUCGAGAUCUACGAGCCGAGCGAGUUAAAGCGGGGCCACUUCACAGAUCUUGACAACGAGAUCCGCAACACGGACAUCCCGGAGCGCAUGCAGCUGCGGGACUUCCCGGUGACGGCGGUGCCCGACGGCUCGGACGAGCUGGACGAGGAGUCGGAGUGGAUCUACAAGCAGGCGUUCUGCAAGCCCAGCAUCUCGCUCCAGGACGGGCACGGGGAAGGCAGGGACAGGUCCAAGAAGGGACCCCAGACGAUCGCCAAGAUCAAGAAGGCGCUGGAGUUCAUGAGGAACCAGCAUUUCGAGGUGCCGUUCAUCGCGUUCUACCGGAAGGAGUACGUGCAACCGGAGCUGAACAUCAAUGACCUGUGGAAGGUCUACAAGUUCGACGAGAAGUGGUGCCAACUGCGGUCCAGAAAGGAGAGUCUCACGACCCUGUUCGAGAGGAUGCGAGACUACCAGGCGGAGGAGCUGAUGAAGAACGUCGAUGCCCCGAUACCGGACCACGUGCGCAUCCUCCGGGACGAGGACAUAGAGAGGCUCAGGCUGGUGCAGACGGCGGAGGAGCUCAGGGACGUGCACCACCACUUCCUGCUGCACUACGCCCAGGACGUGGCGCCCAUGAACGCGGCGUGGCGCGCCAAGGAGCGCGAGCGGGCGCGGGAGGCCCGGGCCAGGCGCCGGGCGCGGCCGGAGGGCGAGGACGGCGACGAGGGCGACGAGCCCCCGGAGGAGGACGCGGAGGAGCCGCCCGAGGAGCCCCGGGACGCGGAGACGGUGAAGAAGGCCGUCGCCAGCGGUCCCUACGCCAUGUGUCGCAAGGCCAAGCUGGACGGCUUCGCCAAGAGGUUUGGCCUGACGCCGGAGCAGUUCGGCGAGAACCUGCGAGACAACUACCAGCGCCACGAAGUGGAGCAGGAGCCCUGCGCCCCGGACGAGGUCGCCCCGGAAUACGUCAGCAGCAAGUUCAGCGAGGUGGGGGACGUGCUGAAGGCUGCCAAGUUCAUGGUGGCCGUGCAGCUGGCGCGCGACCCGCUGGUCAGGAAGUGCACGCGCGAGGCCUUCUUCGAGCGAGCCAAGAUCGACGUGCAGCCCACCAAGAAGGGAAUGAAGGAGAUCGACGAGAACCACCCGUGCUACAGCAUGAAGUACCUGAAGGGCAAGCCGGUGCGGGACCUGGUGGGCGACCAGUACCUGAAGCUGGUCCUGGCCGAGCAGGACGGCCUGAUCCAGCUGAGCUUCAGCGACCACAUCGAGGGCCUCACUUCGCACUCCUACACCGAGGAGGCCAAGCAGCUCUACAUGAGGGACGAGUUCAGCAAGAACGUGCAGGAGUGGAACAACCUGCGGGGGGAGUGCGUGGAGCUCGCGCUCGCCCGCCUGCUGCUGCCCGACCUCAAGAAGGAGCUGCGCAGCUGUCUGCUGGCCGAGGCCCGGGAGUUCGUGCUCAGGAACUGCUGUCGCAAGCUCUACAGCUGGCUCAAGGUGGCGCCCUACUCCGUGGAGUUUGCGGAGGAGGACGAGGAGGAGUGGGACGCCAGCAAGGGCCUGCGCGUGAUGGGCGUGGCGUACGUGCCCGACUUCUCGCAGGCCGCAUUCACGUGCCUGGUGGGGCCGCAGGGCGACUGCACGGACCACCUGCGCCUGCCCAACCUGCUCAAGAGGAAGAACACCUUCCGCGAGGAUGAGAAGCUCGAGAAGGAAGCAGACCUGUCGGCGCUGCGCAGCUUUAUCAGCUCGAAGCGGCCGCACGUGAUCGUGGUGGGCGGGGAGUCGCGGGAGGCCCUCAUGGUGGCCGCCGACCUCAAGGAGAUAGUGGCUCAGCUGGUGGAGGACGACCAGUUCCCGUCCAUCGCCGUGGAGGUCAUCGACAACGAGCUGGCCAAGGUCUACGCCAACUCCAUCAAGGGAGAGAAUGACUACCGCGAGUUCCCGCACUUACUGCGACAAGCCAUCUCGCUGGCCCGGAGGAUGCAGGACCCGCUGGUGGAGUUCUCGCAGCUGUGCUCGUCCGACGAGGAGAUCCUGUGUCUGCGCUACCACCCCCUCCAGGACCAGCUCGGGCGGGAGGAGCUGCUGGAGGCCCUGUACCUGGAGCUGGUGAACCGCACCAACGAGGUGGGCGUGGACGUGAACCUGGCCGUGCAGGAGCCCUACACGGCCAACCUGGUGCAGUUCGUGUGCGGCCUGGGGCCCAGGAAGGCCCAGGCGCUGCUCAAGACGCUGAAGCAGAGCAACCAGCGCCUGGAGAACCGCACCCAGCUGGUCACGUCCUGCCACAUGGGCCCCAAGGUGUUCAUCAACUGCGCCGGCUUCGUGCGCAUCGACACCAACUCCCUGGGCGACAGCACCGAGGCGUACGUGGAGGUCCUGGACGGGUCCCGGGUGCACCCCGAGACGUACGAGUGGGCUCGCAAGAUGGCGGUGGAUGCCCUGGAGUACGACGACGAGGAUGCCAACCCGGCAGGCGCGCUGGAGGAGAUCCUGGAGUCUCCGGAGAGACUGAAGGACUUGGACCUGGACGCCUUCGCGGAGGAGCUGGAGCGCCAGGGGUUCGGCAACAAGAGCAUCACCUUGUACGACAUUCGCUCCGAGCUCAACCACAGAUACAAAGAUCUACGAAGUCCGUAUGUGUCUGCCAACGCGGAGCAGAUGUUCGAUCUGUUAACGAAAGAAACACCGGAAACAUUCUUCAUUGGCAAGAUGGUGUUGGCAACAGUCAUUGGUGUGACCCACAGGAAGCCACAGGGCGACCAGCUGGACCAGGCCAACCCCGUGAGGAACGACGAGACGGGGCUCUGGCAGUGCCCUUUCUGCCUCAAGAACGACUUCCCAGAGUUGUCCGAGGUGUGGAACCACUUCGACGCGGGCGGCUGCCCGGGAAAGGCGACGGGCGUGCGGGUACGCCUCGACAACGGCGUGUCGGGCUACGUCCACGUCAAGAACCUGUCGGACAAGCGCGUCAACAACCCGGAAGAGAGGGUGUACCGUGGCCAGAUCAUCCACUGUCGCAUCAUCAAGAUCGACGUGGAGCGCUUCUCGGUCGAAUGCACGUCCAAGAGCUCGGACCUGCUCGACAAGAAGCACGAGUGGAGGCCGCCCAAGGACCCGUACUACGACCUCGAGGCGGAGGAGCGGGACAUCAGCGCCGAGGAGGAGGCCAAGAAAACCAAGCAGCGCCAGACGUACAUCAAGCGCGUCAUCGUGCACCCGUCGUUCCACAACAUCUCCUUCCAGGAGGCGGAGAAGCUCAUGUCGCAGAUGGACCAGGGCGAGGUGGUCAUCCGCCCGUCCAGCAAGGGCUCGGACCACCUGACGGUGACGUGGAAGGUGACGGACGGCGUGUACCAGCACAUCGACGUGCGGGAAGAGGGCAAGGCCAACGCCUUCAGCCUGGGCCAGUCGCUGUGGAUCGGGAACGAGGAGUUCGAGGACCUGGAUGAGAUCAUCGCCCGCCACGUGAACCCCAUGGCGGCCCACGCCCGGGACCUGCUGUCCUUCAAGUACUACCGGGAGACCGAGGGGCUCAAGGACAAGGCUGAGGAGUUCCUGAAGGACGAGAAGAAGAAAAAUGCUUCCAAAAUUCAUUACGUCCUUGCUGCCUCAAAGAACUACCCGGGCAAGUUCAUGCUGUCGUACCUGCCGAGGGCACGCUGCCGCCACGAGUUCAUCACCGUGACGCCGGAGGGCUUCCGCUUCCGCCAGCAGCUGUUCGACUCGCUGGGCUCGCUGUUCCGCUGGUUCAAGGAGCACUUCCGGGACCCGGUGCCGGGCACGCCCAGCACGCCGCGCAACAUGGCUACCAACCGCACGCCCUACCAGACGCCCGGCCUCAACAUCGCGGGCAUGAACCAGGAGGCCAUCCAGCGCGUGGCCCAGAACCUGCCCAGCCACAUGCUGCACAGCCUGUCGCAGGUGGCCAGCCGCACCCCCCACUACCCGCACACGCCGGGCGGCUACGGCGCCAGCCUGCACGGCUACCCCAACACGCCGUACACACCGUCUGGCCAGACGCCGUUCAUGACGCCGUACCACACCCCCCACUCGUCGCAGACGCCGCGGUACGGCCAGCAGACCCCGUCCCACCCGGGCCCCUUCCUGCACCCCGGGUCGCUGACGCCCGCCCACAGGACGCCGUCGCACCGCUCGGCCGGCGCCACGCCCCAGAGGCCUGCCGUCGCCAGCAUGCCCGCCGAGCCCAUGGACUGGGGCAAGGCGGCCGAGGCGUGGGCCAAGCUCAAGAACCACGAGCAGAACUCCCCCAGGAUGGACGGGCGCGCCACGCCCCGGUCUCACAGCUCCGGCUCCACGCCCGGCCAGGACGCGCGCAGGACGACGCCGCGCUACGAGGACCCGCCCCGCGGAGUGUUCCCCGCGGCACGGGCCUCCCCGUACGGCUUCAAGUCGCCCGGGCGGGACAGCCUGCGCUCCACGCCGCUCACCAACGCCAGCCCCCAGUCCAUGGUGGAGAGCUCGCUGGGCGACGCCACGCCUCUGUACGACGAGAACUGAUCUUCCCGACCGCGCAGUUGUGUUUAUCCUGACCAACCUGACGGCAGCGGACCUGUGGGUUACCGUAUUCAAAUAAUCUAUUACAGUAUACCAUUAGUUGCAAUGAUACUUUUUAUAUAGCAAUCAAGAUAAAUUAGAAGAAUGCAUAUAGUAAUUAUGCAAUUGUGAGAUGAUUUAUUGAGGUUGCAUUUUUUUUUAUCAGCAAUGUGCGUUUGCUUGGUACUAAAUGAGAAAUUAAGUAACUUAUUAAAAUGUACAGUCAUUAAUUCUUUGUUAUUCUAAAAAUGUAAUUUUAUGUCUUGACUGAGUCCCCUUUUUUAUAAUUGUAUUAUUGGCAUAUUGUUUUUGUAUUCUGGCCAUGUGGUAGGAUUUCAUUACAAGGCAGAUGUGCACGUAGAUACUUGAUGUACAGCGGAACCUCGUUACUACGAGAGCUGACAAUGGCGGCAAAAAUUCUUGUAAUAACCAAAUAAAAAAAAUUAAAGUUAAGUUAGAUUCUGGACUGUCCAAACAGUCUUAAUUUCACACCGUAACUUGAAAACGGUGCACUAAAGUGAAAAAAAGUAUUGAAUAAAGUUGUAGCAAAUUUAAUUACGAGUAGAAAGUGUCUCUCUGGAAUUUUUUGUAUCUACCACGAUUUUUGAUUUAAUCGUGAAUGAAAUGGCCUGAUACAAAGACUGGCGCCGUUCACGGUCACGGUGGUAAGGUAUGUGAAGCGGUGAAAAAAAAGGAGCGAAGGAAGAAAGGAAGGGUGUUGGCUGGUAUAUUUUUAGAUUUACCCCUCCGCCGACCUAGGAGGGGAAGCAACUGGCGCCGGCAACAGACAGAGAGUGGGAGGGAGGGAGGGAAAGAGAGAGAGAGAGAGAGAAUGAUGUUUGUCACUAGUCUCCCCACGUCCUUCCUUCCCAGACCCUCCCUUUCACCUGCUAAGGACCAGGGUGUCCACAGUUAGUACUUUCCUUCUACAUCUAGUACUUUUAUAAUUUUUUUGGUGGUCUAGUACUUUUACGCUCUGAUCGGGUACUUUUUCUUUAAUAUAAUAAUAUUACAGUAACUCCAAUAUGUUUUAUUAUUAAGCGUAAUAAUUUUUAAAAACUAUGGAAUGUAUUUGUGUGUGGUGUGAUAUUUAGGUUCGAGCAUUGCAAUGUCAUAAUAACUUCCUAAAUUGUUCAAACCAUACCAAAAUUAUAAUUUAGUACUUUUUUUUUUCAAAUCUAGUACUUUUUUCUCACCUAAGUUGUUACGAAAUAUUUUUUUCCUUGUGGACACACUGCUAAGGACCCAGUCCGUCUGGCGCCCGCGUAGCGUAGCCACGCAGCUGUCUGUGUUUACUGUGUGCACGUUUUUCAACUGACAGUGUUUUUCCUUUUUUGAAGAUGCCAUUCAAAACACUCGUACUUAACGAAAGGGCCAACAAGGAGGCACUCGUAAUAACCGGUUUAAUCAAGUAUGAUUUACGUAGUCAAACUGACGGUGCAUUGCAAAACUGUAGUAACAACGAAGGUCUCAUUGUAUCCUGUACUCGUAAUAACGAGGUUCCACUGUACUUCACUUGUGUAUCAAACUGCGCCGUGCAUGGCUCCAGCCUAUAGAGCAGCAGGACACCACAAACUGUGGCAAGUGGAGCAUGCAGAGCAUUGUCCAUCUCUUCUAGUGGUGCCUCUUCAGAGUUUCAUUGUGUCGUGUACAGAUACGUAGCUCAUGUUUUUGAUUGUAUGCUACAUAUAUUAAAUGCUCAGCUAGCUUCCUUUUGAGGUCCAAAUUGUCAGUUAAUGCUGUCAGCUGCUACAUCCAUAAUCAGAUAGUUAAAUGAACUGAUGGAAUACACUUUUUGUAAUUUAAUUAAAAAAAAAAAAAUAGUUGAUUACAGUAUGAUUGGGAUUCAUUACGCCCCAGUUUAGUUGUUGACUUGAAUACGAGGCCUUCUCUUGCGACACGUAUUGAGACCAGAGCUCACGCCUUGUGCCUAGGAGUGGUCAUGGAGUUCACGUUGAGCAUAAGACAAGUGUAAGUAUGCACAAGGGUGCACUGUGCAUCGACUACACCAACUUCUGUUCAAGAUUUUGUUGGAAUGAAAAUUUUAACAUUGGAUUUAUCUCCAUAAAAUAGUGGCCAUUCCACCAUUAAUUCUCUUGAACCAUAGGUACUCUAUUUACUCACAUAGGGAUCACACAUUUUAUGUUGAUUUCUAGUUUUAAAAAUAUUAGUCCAGUGCUUGUGCUGUUUUUCUUUCAUUUUGGGUAAGAACAAAUAAAAUUUGAGUUGUUGGGUAUGUAUGUAAAUAACGUUCCUUUGUUGGUGUUCAAAUAUAACGUCACAAGUAAUUAAAAAUGGUUUAUUUAAAAUAUCUCAGCAGUGUGUGAAUGGGGCUGUUGUGCUACGUCUGCCCGACUGCCGCUCAGUGACGCGACUUGCCGGGCACCAUUCGGCUGGAGGAGAGGAAAAUAUUAAAAUAAACCAGCCAGUGUGUGUGUGUGUGUGGCCAUGUAACGGUGUUGACAGUUCUCCCUCAUCGUAAAUGUAAGUGAACUGACACUGUACACAAUCUCCACGUGUCUUAUUUCUACGGGUUUUUGUGACUCAACUGUGACUUAACAUUAUUUUUUUUUUUGCAUAAGAUUUCCCAGCUUCAAAUGGAAACAUUCCGUGCAGUGAUUUGUGCAGGGUAUAAUAAACAACCUUGCAGCGGAAA